AUAUUUUGAUGAGUUAAUGUAAAAGCAUAAGUUGCCAUUCCUCAAAAAUAAUAUUAUUUUUACAGUGAACACCUGAAACAUGUUUUGAGGACAAUUGUGUGUAUUUUUAUGUUUCCCAGUGUUUCGUUCAAUGACCUGAUGAUGACCUUAAGCAGUGUGUGUUGUUGUUCAAAGCGUAAUGUAGAUGUGUUACUAAUCUUAAUUGUGACACCAAUCUUUGUUGUUGUUUAUUGUUCAGUACAACACAGAAAUGUGUCACAAUGCAUUUGCUGUAUUUUUGUCUGCUUUAUUUUUUUCUAUGCGGAGUCACUUCUCUAAUCUACACCAGCACUUUAUUUAUCUUUUCAAGUUGUCUGACAGUACAUAAAGAGUAAAUUUAUACAACAUUGAAGAGAUGUGAUUCAUAAAGGCCAAUUCCCCCUCCCUCCCUUUCUGUAAUAUGAUGAUAACCAGUAACUUACAUGAAUAUCUGGUGGACGUCUCUCACUGUAAAAAUAUAAAUAAAAAUAAAUAUUUAAAUGACACUUUUUUGUUGACUAAAACUAACCUGAAAAACUUGCAGACAACACGUUUUUCCACAAAUAAACUGGUCCAGUUCUUCUUAGUAUAACAGAAAGUAAAAAAAAAAGGAAGAGAAAGAAUCUCAUUCAACAGUGUGCUUUAAUACUUAGAAAUGGAUUUAGAUGAAUAUCUGUUAGAGGAAGAUCUCUACUGUUGUGUAUAUAAGAAGAUGUUCAGAUGAUAUUCUUCACACAUCAAUCUCUCAUCCAUCUCUGAGAUCUUGAAGCUCAACACAACUUCUCCAGGAUUCAUUUCUUCACAUCAUCUAAAACAAUGAGACAUCUGAUGGCUUUGAUGUUUCUGGUGAUCUUCUGCUCUCUGCAGCUGACUACAAGUGCUCCAGCUGCCUCUGAUGCGGCAAAAUCAAUAUGCUGUGUUAAGUUCAGCAAUGCAAUGAUUCCUCUGAGACUGGUGAAGUCGUUUUAUAGGACCGCCAGCAGCUGCUCCAAACCAGCCAUUGUGUUUCAGACUGACAAAAGGUUGAUCUGUGUAGAUCCAGAAACCAGCUGGGUGAGCAAGCACAUCGCUAAAGUGGAUAUGAAAACUUCAACUAGCACAACAACUACAAUUACUACAGUACAAAAACCUAAACCAACACACUCUUAAUAAUCUGUCUAAACUAAACAUCUGAUCUAACAUUGUACAUACUGUAUACUUUACUCUUACUAUGUUCUUAUUUGGAAAUGAUUUACUGUAUGAUGACAAUAUUUUUUACUAAAUAUUAUGUAUGUUAUUUGUCUUAAUAAAAUAUAUAUUUUUACAUUUUAUUCUCUUUUUAAUAAAAUUUUGAUAAUAAAUAUA